AUGACUCUCUUCCCCCGCAUCCACCUCUUCGAGUUCAUCGACCAACCCUGGUCUCCAGAAUGGUACCGCGUGUAUGCGCAGUCCAUGUUGGUUGGUUUAUGGCACUUCUCUAUCCCCGGAAUCACCACUCGCACUUCUGCGGCCGCUGCCUCCGAAACCAUUCUCGACAACUUCUCGGAUCUCUCCUCGUUCAUCUUCGUUGAGCUCUGCGCCGGAGCCGGAGGACCAACUACGUACAUCGAGCCCCGGGUGAACAACCACCUCAAAGAGCAGGGGAAACAAGCUGUCCAGUUCGUCCUGACAGACCUGUAUCCAGCCAUCGAUCAAUGGGAUGUUAUCGCGAAACGUCAAGGGAAUAUCAACUACGUAGAGAAGCCCCUUGACGCGGUGAAAUGCAGAAGAAUUGCGGCUCGUGGACGGAAAGAGUGUCGGAUGCUCAACGCCUCGUUCCACCAUUUUGACGAGGAAGCGGCUGUCGCUGUUCUGAGCGCCGCUAUCCAAGAGGCUGAUGCGUUUUUAAUCCAAGAAGGCUGCGCACGAAACCUCACCUCCGUCAUAGCUUGCAUCAUCGGAUCCACCUUCUACCCGUUCGUCUUCACUAUAGCAUCACCACAAUUCAGACGCUCUCCGGUUCAUAUCCUCUUCACGUACCUCAUACCGCUCAUUCCGCUUAUGCUCGUCUGGGAUGCGCUUGUCUCUGCGGGCCGAGCUCGGACGCCGCGGGAGAUUGCAGGGUUGGUGGAGAGGACGGGACUUGAUGUGAGUGAGUGGGAGCUUCGGAGUGGGGAAUGCGCUUGUAUCCCGGGGGUUUUCUACACGUACUGGUUUCUUGGGAUCAAAAAGGACUUGGGCUUGAAAGCCGCGGACGGACGACAGGAUGCCAAGGGCAAGGCGUCCGAAUAG